AUGGUCUCAUACUCUGAUUAAUUAGAGCUUCUACCCUCAAUCUCAGUUUCAUUGGAAUCAUACUCUUUUGGCAUCUACUAUGGUAGAACAUGCAUCAGCCUCUUCUACUUCUAUGUCGAGAUACACUUAUGAUGUGUUUCUUAGUUUUCGAGGUGAAGACACUCGUUAUGGUUUCACUGGUAAUCUAUAUAGUGCUUUGAGUCGAAGGGGAAUCUUUACCUUCUUUGAUGAUGAUGCUCUACGUAAAGGUGAAGAGAUCAACCCUUCUCUUCGCAAAGCAAUACAAGAAUCCAGGAUCUCAAUCAUUGUUUUCUCCAAAAACUAUGCCUCCUCAACAUUUUGUUUGGAUGAGCUAGUCCAUAUCCUAGAGUGUUACACCAAACAGAACAUGUGGGUCUUGCCAGUGUUUUAUGAUGUUGAUCCAUCACACGUGCGACAUCAAAAAGGGAGUUUCGGAGAAGCCUUUGCACAGCACGAACGUGGAAGAUUCAAAGACGAUAUUCAGCAGCUGCAAAAAUGGAGGAUGGCUUUGCAUCAAGCCGCUGAUUUGUCUGGUUCGCAUUUCAAAAUUGGAGGAGAAUAUGAGUUUGAGAUCAUUAAAAAGAUCACAGAAGAGAUCUCCAAUAAACUUAAUCGACAUCUCUUGCAUAUUGCCUGUUAUCCUGUUGGAUUGCAAGUUCGGGUGCAACGUAUACAAGAACUUAUGAAUGCUCAGUUUGAUAACAAAGUGAUCAUGCUUGGGAUUCAUGGAAUGGGUGGAAUAGGAAAAUCAACGCUUGCCCGUGCUAUAUAUAAUUUGAGAGCAAAUCAAUUUGAAAGUUCUUGCUUUCUUGCUAAUGUUAGAGAAAAGUCAAUUAAGCAUGGUCUAGUGCAUAUUCAAGAGACAAUACUUUCUGAAUUAGUUGAGGAAAGAGAUAUCAAGUUGGGAGAUGUACAUCGAGGAAUUCCAACACUACAAAAAAGACUCUGUCGAAAGAAAGUCUUUCUUGUUCUUGAUGAUAUUGACAAAAAAGAACAAUUACAAGCAACUGCUGGAGGACUGAAUUGGUUUGGCCCUGGUAGUAUCAUCAUUAUAACAACAAGGGAUAAACGUUUGUUAGAUACUCAUGAAAUCAAAAACUUAUACGAGGUUGGAAAAUUGAAUUUUAUUCAAUCUCUUGAAUUGUUUAGAUGGAAUGCUUUUAAAAACAAAAAAGAUGACCCAAAUAAAAUGGAACUCAUAAAGCGUGCAUUAUAUUGUGCCGGUGGCCUUCCUUUGGCUUUGGAAAUAAUAGGCUCAAACUUUGUGGAUAAAACAUUAGAUGAAGAAUGGGAUUCUGUGUUAAAAACAUAUGAGAGAUUUCCAAAUAGAGAUAUUCAGGAAAUUCUUAGAGUUAGCUAUGAUAGUUUGGAUACUAAUGAGAGAGAAAUAUUUCUUGACAUAGCUUGCUUCUUUAGUGGAUACACUCUAAGAUAUGUUACAAAUAUGCUUGAGGCAAGAGGCUUUCAACCAAAAUUCGGUAUUAGAGUGCUUCAAGAAAAAUCUCUGAUAAAUAUUGAUUCAUUUUCUGGAAGUUGUGACGAUCAAAUUGUGAUAAUGCAUGACUUGGUUCGAUCUAUGGGAAAAGAAAUGGUUAGAGAACAAUCAAAUUUGCCAGAGAAAAGAAAUAGGUUGUGGUUUUGUGAGGACAUUGUUCGUGCUUUGGACAAAAACACGGAAUAUGAAAUUGAAGUCAUGAUGUUAGACAUGCCAAAAGAUCUAAAAGUUCAAUGGAAUCAAACGGUGUAUAGAAAAAUGAAAAAUCUACAAAUGAUGCUCGUAAAAAGUAGUGUUGCCUCUCUUAGAAUGCCUAAGGAUCUCCCAAACAGUUUGAGGGUGCUGGAAUGGUGGGGAUACCCUGGAGCUUCUUUACCAUCUAAUUUUCAUUUGAAGAAUCUUGUCAUACUCAACUUGUCAUACAGUUGCUUUCGAUGGGACAAACCACUUGAGAAUUCGAAGAUGUUGAGACAGUUGGUUCUUAAAGGUUGUAAGAACAUAAGACGAAUUCCAGACAUGUCUGGUUUGCCCAAUUUGACAGAAUUAUGUCUUGCUGAAUGCACAAAUUUGAUUAAAAUUCAUGAUUCAGUAGGAUUUUUACAUAAUCUUCAAUGGUUUUGUGCUGAAGGAUGUACCAAACUCGGGAUUUUCCCACGUUGCAUAAAGUUGACAUCUCUUGAACAUCUUUGCAUUAAGGAUUGCAGUAGUCUUGUUAUGUUGCCCGAAAUAUUGGCACCAAUGCAGAAACUAAAAUAUGUUGACUUGGACGGAACUUCCAUAAAACAUCUGCCACGUUCAAUGCAGAAUCUUAAAGGCCUUCAAUUCUUAUCCAUGAAUAGAUGCAAAAUGCUUGAAAUUAAUGGGCGUUCCAAUGUCGUUCAAAUGCUGCCAAAAUUGUUUCCCUAUUUGAAAGAAUUAUUGUUAGAUGAAUCAAGUUUGACAAUCAUUCCUGCAUGCAUUGAAGAGUGUCACUACUUGUAUCAUCUAAGUUUGUAUAACUGCAAGAAGCUUCGAGAAAUAAGAGGCCUUCCACCAAACAUGACUAGACUCACGGCAGAAAACAGUCUUGUGGAAGUAGAUUCAUCAACUUUAAACAUGUUAGUCAGACGGGCAAUUAAUUUUUCUGGAAUGGAUACAUAUAUUUUUCCAGGUCAUCGGGUCCCAGAAUGGUUUGAUCACUCUACCUACGGAAACUCUCUAUGUUUCUGGUUUCGUAAUAAAUUACCAUCUUUAACUGUGUGCGGUGUUUUAGGAGUUUGUGAGAAUACCGAGCUUCGUUUUGUUUUGGAAUUAAUUUAUUUAGUUAGAAUCAAUGAUGUUGACACAUGUGUUUCUUAUUCUUCUGUGGAACCUUUUGAGUGGCGGCUUGUUGAGAAUGACCAUUUAUUGAUGAUCAAUCUUGAAAGUUGUUUUAAGCAUCCAAUGGAUAACCACAGUAGAAGAACAAUUAACACAAAUGAGUGGAUUUAUGGGAAUAUUUCGUUUGUGAUAACACCGCUGGAAAAUGAUUCACUUAGAUGGGAAUUAAUCAAAUGUAUUGGAGUUCAUGUAAACAGGGCAUUUUGUAGAGUGGAGGAUGUUCGGUUCACAGAUCCUUAUCCUCCCAAUACCAAUAAUACAAGACAUGUGGGAAAUCAACUUUUGUUGCCUGGUGAGGAACCUGAUAUACAAGUAAAGAACCAAUCACUAGCAUUACUCAAGCCCUAUGAAAUUGGGGAACAACCUUUGAAUUAUGAGUCUAGCAAUUCAGAUUCAGAGGUGUGCACUAUUGACUAUCCCAAUGGCCAAGUUGUUAUCCCUCAAUGGGUUCCUCCACAUGCUGAAGAGACUCCCAAUUGGGAAAGCGAUGAAGAUGAGGAUAAGGGGUCUUCAUUGAAAAGUCGAAAGAGGAAGACUGCUUCUAACAAGGUUUCAUUGCACUCCAAGGGCCUUGAAACCUCUAAAGAACAAAAGGCUGAUUCAUCAAGUACUAAAACUGUUUCGGCUACAAAGAAACAGGACAAAGGGAAGGGGAAGCUAGUGAUUCCUCAUCCCAAGAAGACUAAAAAGCCUCCUAUUGAGAAGCUUCUCAAGGACGUUAUGAAAUCUGUCCCGAAGGAUGUCGAGAUAAUUCAACUUGAAUCUUCUCGGGAGAUGUCAAAGGACACUCCUAUUUCUACUAGGGCAUCUCAGCAGUUGGCCACUCCUCAACUCAAUGUUGCCGAGAUGGCCUCCAUCAUGGCUUCAAUGGAGAUUCCCCCUCAAGUUGAGGGUGAAAAGGUUCCCCAAUCGGAACCUCUUGUGAAUGUAGAAACUCACCAAUCUUCGCAAGGUGACACUCCUUCUUUCGAACUCAAACCUCCCUUGGGACAAAACAAGGAUUCGACGGAAUCUCCUAAACCUUUCACUACUUUUCCUUCGACCCAAGGUGGUGUCGAAUCUUCUGUCCAAGCACUUUCCUCAAUCCCUUCUACUGAUUUAGACUUGAUGAGUUUUUUCAAUGAAGAGGAUGAGGAUAUCAACAACAUCUUCGAUGUUCUUGGCAACUGGACGAGUGGUCCAUCUGGGUCAGAAAAAGAAAAAAUUGUUGAACAAGUUUCUGAGACAACCUCAUCCUUCCAACCUUUGCUCGAAUCUUUCAGGUUGAAGGCUUAUGUAGAUGACCUGGAUCAGGCUUUCCUCGACCCAGAAUUUAAGGUCGAAGUGGGGCAUGUCGCCACCGGCCCGAAACGG